AGCAGCCCGGGAGACGCCGGCCCGGGCCCAGUGCGACCCCGACCCCGCCCGCCCGCCAGCCCGCCAUGGGCAACGAGGCCAGCCUGGAGGGCGGCGCUGGCGACGGGCCGCUGCCGCCGGGAGGCUCCGGCCCCGGCCCCGGCCCCGGCCCGGGCCCCGGCGCAGGGAAGCCGCCUUCAGCACCGGCUGGCGGGGGACAGCUCCCGGCGGCAGGCGGGGCGCGGGCGACCGCCGGAACACCAGGUCCAGGCCCCGGCCCCGGCCCCGGCCCUGGCCUCGGCCCGGGCAGCGUUUCCAGGAGACUGGACCCCAAGGAGCCCCUGGGUAGCCAGAGAGCAGCUUCCCCAACCCCGAAGCAGCCUUCUGCUACUGCUCCCAGCCGUGAGAGCCCCCGGGAGACAAGGGCACAGGGUCCAGCAGGCCAGGAGGCUGAUGGCCCCCGCAGGACGCUGCAGGUAGACAGCAGGACGCAGAGAUCGGGGCGAUCCCCCUCUGUGUCACCGGACAGAGGCAGCACCCCCACAUCACCCUACUCCGUCCCCCAGAUCGCCCCCCUUCCCAGCAGCACGCUGUGUCCCAUAUGUAAGACCUCGGACCUCACGUCGACUCCCAGCCAGCCAAACUUCAACACCUGCACGCAGUGUCACAACAAGGUCUGCAACCAGUGUGGGUUCAACCCCAACCCUCACCUCACCCAGGUGAAGGAGUGGCUCUGUCUGAACUGCCAGAUGCAGAGGGCUCUAGGGAUGGACAUGACCACUGCGCCUCGCUCCAAGAGCCAGCAGCAGCUGCACUCCCCAGCCCUGUCUCCUGUCCACUCCCCAGCCAAACAGCCCCUGGGGAAGUCGGAGCAAGAGAGGUCUCGAGGCCCAGGGGGACCACAGCCUGGUCCCCGCCAGGCUGAGACAGCCGGGGCCACCUCAGUGCUGGGGCCUGCCCAAGCAGCUGCCCCUCCAGAGGUGGGGAGGGUGUCUCCUCAGCCCCCUCUCCCCAUCAAGCCUUCCACAGCAGAGCCCCGGCCACCUGCAGGAGAGGCCCCGGCCAAAAGUGCCACCACAGCGCCCUCUGGGCCUGGUGCUGCUGAGCAGACCCAGGAGGGCCUCACCGGGAAGAUCCUCGGCCUCGGUGCGUCGCUGCUGACCCAGGCGAGCACCCUCAUGUCUGCGCAGCCUGAGGCUGACCCCCAGGGCCAGCCUGCCCCCAGCAAGGGGCCGCCCAAGAUCGUCUUCAGCGAUGCCAGCAAGGAGGCUGCCCCGAGACCCCCAGGCUCAGGGCCCGGGCCCGGGCCAGCACCUGGAGCCAAAACUGAGCCUGGAGCUAGAACAGGUCCUGGAUCAGGGCCUGCAGCCCUGGCAAGAACUGGGGGGACGACCAGUCCAAAGCAUGGCAGAGCAGAACACCAGGCAGUGUCCAAGGCUGCUGCCAAGCCAAAGACCAUGCCGAAGGAAAGGGCCACCUGCCCACUGUGCCAAGCUGAGCUCAACGUGGGCAGCAAGGGCCCCGCCAACUAUAACACCUGCACCACCUGCAAACUCCAGGUGUGCAACCUGUGUGGCUUCAACCCGACACCCCACCUGGUGGAGAAAACCGAGUGGCUCUGUCUGAACUGCCAAACUAAGCGGCUGCUGGAGGGCAGCCUGGGAGAGCCGACUCCCCUGCCGCUACCCACCUCACAGCAGCCCCCUGUAGGGGCCCCUCACCGUGCAGCUGGAACAGCCCCUCCGAAGCAGAAAGGGCCACAGGGGCUGGGCCAGCCAUCAGGCCCCCCGCCUGCCAAGGCCAGUCCCCUGCCCACCAAGGCCAGUCCCCAGGCCACCAAGGCCAGUCCCCAGGCCACCAAGGCCAGUCCCCAGGCCAAGCCCCUCAGGGCUUCUGAACCCAUCAGGACCCCGAGCAGUGCCCAGGAAAAGAAGACAGGAGUCCCAGCUAAAGCUGAGCCUGUGCCGAAGCCACCUCCAGAGACUACCCUGCCCCCUGGGACUCCUAAAGCAAAGGCUGGGGUGCGGAGGACUGAACCUGCCACCCCCAUCGUCAAGGCAGGGGUUCCAGAAGCCCCCAAGAGUGGGGAGGCAGAGGAGCCGGUGGGCAAGGCCUACCCUCAGGACCUGUCUCGGAGCCCACAGAGCCUCAGCGAUACAGGCUAUUCCUCCGAUGGUGUCUCCAGCUCCCAAAGUGAGAUCACAGGCAUUGUGCAGCAGGAGGUGGAGCAGCUGGACAGUGCAGGGGUGGCAGGGGCACGCCCGCCCAGCCCCUCCGAGCUCCACAAGGUGGGGAGUGGCAUGCGGCCUUCGCUGGAGGCCCAGGGCCCGGCCCCCAGUGGCCCGCGGAGCAAGCCGCCCUGCGGCAGCGGUGAGGAGCAGAAGCGGCGGCCCCGCUCCUUGUCCAUCAUGCCCGAGGCCUUCAACUCUGAUGAGGAGCUGGAGGAUAUCCUGGAGGAGGAGGAAGACUCUCUGGAGUGGGGGCGCCAGAGGGAGCGGCAGGAUGCGGCCGAGUCCUCAGACGACUUCGGCAGCCAGCUGAGGCACGACUACGUGGAGGACAGCAGUGAGGGUGGCCUGUCCCCUCUCCCACCCCAGCCCCCAGCCCAGGCAGCGGGACUGACCGAGGAGGAGUUCAUGCGGCAGCAGAUCCUGGAGAUGAGCGCCGAGGAAGACAACCUGGAGGAGGAUGGCGCCGCCGCCCCCGGGCCCGGCCCGGCCCACCAUGCUUCCCAGAAGGGCGGCCCCCGGCCCAGGCCCGGGCCCAGCCAAGAGCCAGGGGCGCUGCCCAAGAGGCGCCUGCCCCACAGCGCCACCACGGCCUACGAGGAGCUGCUUUCCGAGGCGGGCCCAGCCGAGGCUGCGGACGGCGCUGGGGCCCUGCAGGGCGGGCUCCGCCGCUUCAAGACCAUCGAGCUCAACAGCACCGGCGGCUACGGCCAGGAGCUGGACCUGGGCCAAGGCCCCGACCCCAGCCUGGACCGGGAGCCCGAGCUGGAGAUGGAGAGCCUGACGGGCUCCCCCGAGGACCGCUCCCGUGGGGAGCACUCCUCCACACUGCCGGCCUCCACGCCCAGCUACACGUCGGGCACCUCGCCCACCUCCCUGUCCUCGCUCGAGGAGGACAGCGACAGCAGCCCCAGCCGCCGGCAGCGGCUGGAAGAAGCCAAGCAGCAGCGCAAGGCCCGGCACCGCGCACAUGGGCCCUUGCUGCCCACCAUCGAGGACUCCUCAGAGGAGGAGGAGCUGCGGGAGGAGGAGGAGCUGUUGCGCGAGCAGGAGAAGAUGCGAGAGGUGGAGCAGCAGCGCAUCCGCAGCACGGCCCGCAAGACCCGGCGAGACAAGGAGGAGCUGCGGGCCCAGCGGCGGCGUGAGCGCUCCAAGACCCCCCCCAGCAACCUGUCGCCCAUUGAGGAUGCCUCCCCCACGGAGGAACUGAGGCAGGCGGCCGAGAUGGAGGAGCUACAUCGCUCCUCCUGCUCCGAGUACUCGCCCUCACCCUCCCUUGACUCGGAGGCUGAAGCCCUGGAUGGGGGCCCCACCCGGCUCUACAAGUCAGGCAGCGCGUACAACCUGCCCACCUUCAUGUCCCUCUACUCUCCAACCGAGACGCCUUCGGGCAGCGCCACCACUCCCAGUUCCGGCCGGCCCCUCAAGAGCGCCGAGGAGGCCUAUGAGGAGAUGAUGCGGAAGGCCGAGCUGCUCCAGCGGCAGCAGGGCCAGGCAGCAGGGGGCCGCGGGCCCCAUGGUGGCCCCUCGCAGCCCGUAGGCCCCCGGAGCCAGGCUUCCUUUGAAUACCAGGACACCCCAGACCGUGACUAUGGCGGGGCUGCUCAGCCGGCCUCGGAGGGCACGCCAGCUGGCCUGGGAGCAGCCGUGUACCAGGAGAUCCUUCAGACGUCACAGAGCAUCGCCCGCAUGCAUCAGGCCUCCUCACGGGACCUGGUUUUUGCUGAGGACAGGAAGAAGCAGAAACAGUUUCUGAAUGCCGAGAGCGCAUACAUGGACCCAAUGAAGCAAAAUGGCGGCCCGCUCACCCCCGGUACCAGUCCCACCCAGCUCGCCGCCCCUGUGUCCUUCUCCACCUCCAGCUCCUCCGACAGCAGUGGGGGUCGCGUCAUUCCUGAUGUCCGUGUUACUCAGCACUUUGCAAAGGAGCCUCAGGAGCCCCUCAAGCUGCAUAGCUCUCCUGCCUCCCCCAGCUCUGCCUCCAAGGAAGUAGGCAUAUCCUUUGCCCAGGGCCCUGGGACCCCAGCCUCCACAGCUGCGGCCCCUGCUCCAGCUGGCCUGGCACGAGGGUACGUGCCUCCGACUUCCCCAGCAGGCUCUGCGCGCAGCCCUUCACCCUCCUCCGCAGGCCACAGCUAUGGACAGAGCCCAACCACGGCAAACUAUGGGUCUCAGACUGAGGAGCUACCCCCAGCCCCCCGUGGCCCCGCUGUCAGCGGACGGGCUGCCAGAGAGCAGCCCCUGAGUGUGAGUGAUGGCGAGGGUGGCGCCCCGCAGACCUGCCGGGGGUACUCCUACUUUGCAGGCUCCAGCCCCCCUCUCUCUCCAUCUUCUCCCUCAGAGAGUCCCACGUUCUCCCCUGGCAAGCUGGGCCCAAGGGCCACGGCAGAGUUCUCUACACAGACGCCAAGCCCAGCCCCUGCCUCAGAUAUGCCACGGAGCCCUGGUGCCCCCCCCGCAACACCCACGGUGGCUCAGGGCACACAAACACCACACCGGCCCAGCACGCCUCGCCUGGUAUGGCAGCAGUCCUCUCAUGAUCCCCCCAUUAUGGUCAUCACGCUGGCAUCAGAGGCCUCCAGCCAGACCAAGAUGGUCCAUGCCAGUGCCUCCACCUCCCCAGUGUGCUCACCCAUGGACACCCAGCCCACAGCCCACAGCUACAGCCAGACAACUCCUCUGAGUGUGUCUCAGCUGCCUCCAGAGCCACCUGGGCCACCUGGCUUCCCGCGGGCACCCAGUGCUGGUGCAGAUGGGCCCCUGGCACUGUACGGCUGGGGCGCUCUCCCUGCCGAAAACAUCUCCCUGUGCCGGAUCUCCUCCGUCCCUGGAACAUCUAGGGUCGAGCCCGGCCCCAGGCCCCCUGGCAGUGCUGUGGUAGACCUUCGCACAGCCAUCAAGCCCACGCCCAUCAUCCUCACCGACCAGGGCAUGGACCUGACCUCUCUUGCUGUAGAAGCGAGGAAGUAUGGCCUUGCUCUGGAUCCAAUCCCAGGACGGCAGUCGACUGCCGUGCAGCCUUUGGUUAUCAACCUUAAUGCCCAGGAGCAGACCCAUGCCUUCCUCAGCACCGCCACCACCGUGAGCAUCACCAUGGCCUCAUCUGUGCUCAUGGCUCAGCAGAAGCAGCCUGUGGUCUAUGGAGACCCCUUCCAGAGCCGGCUUGACUUUGGCCAGGGUGCAGGUAGCCCUGUGUGCCUGGCCCAGGUCAAGCAGGUAGAGCAGGCCGUCCAGACUGCCCCAUACCGUGGUGGGCCCAGAGGAAGACCCAGGGAGGCCAAGUUUGCCAGGUAUAACCUGCCCAACCAGGUAGCGCCUCUGGCCAGAAGGGAUGUUUUGAUCACUCAGGUGGGCACUGCCCAGAGUGUUGGCCUCAAGUCAGGCCCAGCGCCAGAGCCUGGUACCGAACCGCAUCGGGCUGCCCCUGCAGAGCUGCGGUCACAUGCCCUGCCAGGUGCCAGGAAACCACAUACAGUGGUGGUGCAGAUGGGAGAAGGCCCAGCAGGCGCUGUGACCACACUGCUCCCAGAGGAGCCGGCAGGUGCCCUGGACCUCACUGGGAUGAGGCCCGAGAGCCAGCUGGCGUGCUGUGACAUGGUCUACAAGUUCCCCUUUGGCAGUAGCUGCACAGGCACCUUCCACCCCGCCCCCAGCGCACCUGAGAAGAGUGUGGCAGAUGUCAUCCCACCCGGCCAAAGCAGUGGCCCCUUCUACAGUCCCCGGGACCCUGAGCCUCCCGAGCCGCCCCCCUACCAGGCACAGGUGGUCGGGGUACCUGGGCCCCAUGAGGAACAGAGGCCGUACCCACAGGGCCUCCCUGGCAGGCUGUACUCCUCCAUGUCCGACACCAAUUUGGCUGAGGCUGGCCUCAACUACCACGCGCACAGGAUUGGGCAGCUCUCCCAGGGCCCUGGACGAGACUCGGCCAUGGACCUCCGCUCACUGAAGCACUCCUACAGCCUGGGCUUUGCAGAUGGACGCUACCUUGGGCAGGGCUUGCAGUAUGGUUCAUUCACGGACCUGCGUCAUCCCACAGACCUUUUGACUCACCCGCUUCCCAUGCGGCGCUACAGCUCAGUGUCAAACAUCUACUCAGACCACAGGUAUGGCCCACGGGGAGAUGCGGCUGGCUUCCAGGAGGCCAGCCUGGCGCAGUACAGUGCGACCACAGCCCGUGAGAUCAGCCGUAUGUGCGCUGCCCUCAACUCCAUGGACCAGUACGGAGGACGGCAUGGCAGCGGUGGUGGUGGCCCUGACCUCAUGCAGUAUCAGCCCCAGCCCAGGCUCAGUGUCCCGCAAGGUCUGGCCCCCCUCAGACCUGGCCUCCUUGGGAAUCCCACCUUCCCAGAGGGCCACCCGAGUCCUGGGAACCUGGCCCAGUACAGGCCUACAGCAGGCCAGGGACCAGCAGUCAGACAGCUUCUGCCAUCCACAGCCACGGUGCGUGCAGCCGACGGCAUGAUCUACUCGACUAUCAACACCCCAAUUGCUGCAACACUGCCCAUCACCACGCAGCCUGCCUCGGUGCUGCGGCCCCUGGUGCGUGGCGGCAUGUACAGGCCUUACGCAUCCGGUGGAGUCACAGCCGUGCCGCUCGCCAGCCUGACACGCGUGCCCACGAUUGCCCCCCGGGUACCUCUUGGGCCCGCAGGGCUGUACCGAUAUCCUGUACCAAGUAGAUUCCCCACUGCUUCCAGCGUUCUACCUGCUGAGGGUCCCGUCUACCUGGGGAAGCCCGCCACUGCCAAGGCCCCGGGGACUGGGGGACCGCCAAGGCCAGAGCUGCCAGCAAGGGCUGCUCGGGAAGAGCCUCUUUCCACGGCCACCCCUGCUGCUGUCAAGGAGGCUGUAGCAGCCCCGGCCCCAGCCCCAGCGGCCGGCCAGAAGCCGCCGGUGGAUGCUACUCCUGGGGGCAGCAGCGGGGCCCUCAGCCGGCCAGGGCUGGAGAAGGAGGAAGCGUCGCAGGAGGAGAGGCAGCGGCGGCAGCAGGAGCAGCUGCUCCAGCUGGAGCGAGAGCGGGUGGAGCUGGAAACGCUGCGGCAGCUGCGGCUGCAGGAGGAGCUGGAGCGGCAGCGUGUGGAGCUGCAGAGGCACCGAGAGGAAGAGCAGCUGCUGGUGCAGCGGGAGUUGCAGGAGCUGCAGACCAUCAAGCACCACGUGCUGCAGCAGCAGCAAGAGGAACGGCAGGCUCAGUUUGCCCUGCAGCGGGAGCAGCUGGCACAGCAGCGUCUGCAGCUGGAGCAGAUCCAGCAGCUGCAGCAACAGCUGCAGCAGCAGCUAGAGGAACAGAAGCAGCGGCAGAAGGCCCCCUUCCCUGUGGCCGGUGAGGCACCUGGUCGAGGGCCUCUCCCAGCUGCCACAGAGCUGGCGCAGAAUGGCCAGUACUGGCCACCCCUGACCCGCGCGGCCUUCAUCGCCGUGCCCGGGCCUGAGGGGCCUGGGCAACCUCGUGAGCCCGCGUCGCACCGGGGUCUCCCCAGCUCCGCCUCGGACAUGUCACUGCAGACGGAGGAGCCGUGGGAGGCAGGCCGCGGUGGCCUCAAGAAGCGGCACUCCAUGCCACGCCUGCGGGACGUGUGCGAGCCGGAGUCGGGGCCUGAGCCCUGUGCGGUCAGGAGGAUUGCAGACAGCAGCGUGCAGACGGACGACGAGGAGGGAGAGGGCCGCUACCUCCUGACCCGGCGGCGCCGGGCACGGCGCAGUGCUGACUGCAGCGUGCAGACAGACGACGAGGACAGCGCCGAGUGGGAGCAGCCGGUGCGCCGCCGCAGAUCCCGUCUUUCCCGCCACUCAGAUUCCGGCUCCGACAGCAAGCACGAUGCUGCUGCCUCGUCAGCCGCUGCCGCCCCUGCCACGAGGGCCGUGAGCAGCGUGGGCAUCCAGACCAUCAGCGACUGCUCCGUGCAGACGGAGCCCGACCCGCUGCCCAGAGUCUCUCCAGCCAUCCACAUCACAGCCGCCACCGACCCCAAGGUGGAGAUCGUCAGGUACAUAUCGGCGCCAGAGAAGACUGGGCGCGGGGAGAGCCUGGCCUGCCAGACGGAGCCGGAUGGGCAGGCCCAGGCUGUGGCUGCGCCUCAGCUUGUAGGGCCAACCGCCAUCAGCCCCUACCUGCCUGGCAUCCAGAUCGUCACCCCAGGGCCCCUGGGCAGAUUCGAAAAAAAGAAGCCGGAUCCCUUGGAGAUUGGAUACCAGGCCCACCUACCCCAGGAGUCGCUCUCGCAGCUUGUGAGCCGCCAGCCUCCCAAGUCUCCCCAGGUCCUCUAUUCACCAGUCUCACCCCUGUCCCCACACCGGCUCCUGGACACCUCGUUUGCUUCCAGUGAGAGGCUGAACAAGGCUCACGUGAGUCCCCAGAAGCACUUCACGGCUGACAGCGCUCUCCGCCAGCAGACGCUGCCGCGCCCCAUGAAGACCCUGCAGCGGUCCCUGUCUGACCCUAAGCCCCUCAGCCCCACCGCCGAGGAGUCUGCCAAAGAGAGGUUCUCCCUCUACCAGCACCAGGGGGGACUGGGUAGCCAGGUGUCGGCGCUGCCACCCAACGGCCUGGUCCGCAAGGUGAAGCGGACACUGCCCAGCCCCCCUCCAGAGGAGGCUCACCUGCCCCUGGCUGGCCAGGCUCCCCCACAGCUGUAUGCGGCCAGCCUGCUGCAGCGUGGGCUGGUGGGGCCCACCGCUGUCCCUGCCACCAAGGCCAGCCUGCUCCGGGAGCUGGACCGGGACCUGCGGCUGGUGGAGCAUGAGUCCACCAAGCUGCGCAAGAAGCAGGCAGAGCUGGAUGAGGAGGAGAAGGAGAUUGACGCCAAGCUCAAGUACCUGGAGCUGGGCAUUACCCAGCGCAAAGAAUCUUUGGCCAAAGACCGGGGUGGUCGUGACUACCCACCCUUGCGUGGUCUCAGUGAGCAUCGCGACUACCUGUCGGACAGUGAGCUCAACCAGCUGCGGCUCCAGGGCUGUGCCACUCCAGGUGGCCAGUACGCAGACUUCCCUGUCACUGCUGCUGCUCCUGCCACUCCCUCCGGCCCCGCUGCUUUCCAGCAGCCCCGGUUCCCACCUCCGUCGCCACAGUACACUGCAGGCAGCGGUGGGCCAACUCAGAAUGGAUUCCCAGCCCACCAAGCACCCACCUACCCUAGCUCCAGCACGUACCCAGCACCUGCCUUUCCUCCCGGCGCCAGUUACCCCGCUGAGCCUGGCCUGCCAAGCCAGCAGGCUUUCCGUCCCACAGGCCAUUAUACGGCCCAAACACCCAUGCCAACAACACAGGGCACCCUUUUCCCAGUCCCUACUGACAGCCGUGCCCCCCACCAGAAGCCACGCCAGACAUCACUAGCUGACUUGGAGCAGAAGGUGCCUACCAACUACGAGGUGAUCGCCAGCCCCGUCGUGGCCAUGACUUCAGCCCCAUCUGAAACCAGCUACAGCGGCCCAGCAGGAAGCAGCAGCUAUGAACAAGGCAAGGCCCCUGCGCUGCCUCGGGCCAAUGACCGUAGCGGUGUGAACCUGAGCCCCGCCCCCACAUACCCCCCUGACUCACACUACACCAGCCUGGAGCAGAAUGUCCCCCGGAACUAUGUGAUGAUCGAUGACAUCAGUGAGCUGACCAAGGACAGCGCCUCCACUGCCCCUGACAGCCAGCGGCUGGAGCCCCUGGGGCCGAGCAGCAGUGGGCGUCCAGGGAAAGAGCCAGGAGAACCAGCUGUCCUUGACGGGCCCACACUGCCCUGCUGCUAUACCAGAGGGGAGGAGGAAUCCGAGGAGGACUCCUAUGACCCCCGUGGGAAGGGCGGCCAUCACCGGAGCGUGGAGAGCAAUGGCCGACCAGCCAGCACCCACUAUUACAGCGAGAGUGAUUACAGACAUGGGGCUCGAGCAGAGAAGUAUAGUCCAGGCCCUGUGGGGCCCAAGCAUCCCUCCAAGAGCCUGGCCCCGGCUGCCGUCUCAUCAAAGCGCAGCAAGCACCGGAAGCAGGGUAUGGAGCAAAAGAUCUCCAAGUUCUCACCUAUUGAAGAGGCCAAGGAUGUGGAGUCAGACCUGGCCUCCUACCCCUCCCCUGCAGUCAGCAGUAGCCUGGCCUCUCGGGGCAGGAAGUUCCAGGACGAAAUCACCUAUGGGCUCAAGAAGAAUGUGUACGAGCAGCAGAGGUACUAUGGGGUGUCCAGCCGGGACCUGGUGGAGGAGGAUGACCGCGUGUACGGUGGGAGCAGCCGGUCCCGGGCGGCCUCUGCCUGCAGCGGGGAGAAGCUGUCCAGCCAUGACUUCAGUGGCCGGGCCAAGGGAUAUGAGCGGGAACGGGAGGCUGUGGAGCGACUUCAAAAAGCGGGCCCCAAGCCCUCGUCUCUGAGCAUGGCCCACGGCCGGACUCGGCCCCCCGUGCGGAGCCAGGCCUCUGAAGAGGAGAGCCCCGUCAGCCCCUUGGGGCGGCCCCGCCCUGCUGGGGGCACCCUCCCCCCGGGGGACACCUGCCCGCAGUUCUGCUCCAGCCACUCCAUGCCUGACGUCCAGGAACACGUCAAGGAUGGAUCGCGGGCCCACGCGUAUAAGCGUGAGGAGGGCUACAUCCUGGAUGACUCCCACUGCGUAGUUUCCGACAGCGAAGCGUAUCACCUGGGCCAGGAGGAGACAGACUGGUUUGAUAAGCCCCGGGAUGCCCGCUCUGACCGGUUCAGGCACCACGGGGGCCACGCAGUCUCCUCCUCCCAGAAGCGAGGCCCUGGCAGGCACGGCUACCACGACUACGAUGAGCCCCCCGAGGAGGGCCUGUGGCCACACGAUGAGGGUGGUCCGGGCCGCCACGCCUCAGCCAAGGAACACCGACACCACGGUGACCACGGGCGGCACUCAGGCCGCCACGCUGGCGAGGAGCCCAGCCGGCGUGCUGCCAAACCACACGUUCGGGACCUGGGUCGCCAUGAGGCCCGGCCUCACCCUCAGCCCAGCCCUGCCCCGGCCACGCAGAAGAAGGGUCAGCCUGGGUACCCCAGCUCCGCUGAAUAUUCACAGCCAUCCCGUGUUCCGUCAGCGUACCAUCAUGCCUCUGAGAGCAAGAAGGGCUCCCGGCAGGCCCACUCAGGGCCCACUGCACUGCAGCCCAAGCCAGAACCCCAGCCACAGCCGCAAGGCCGGCAGGCAGCUCCGGGGCCACAGCAGUCACAACUGCCUCCAUCCAGGCAGACACCCUCAGCAACAGCAUCACGCCAGCCGCAGACACAGCAGCAGCAGCAGCAAAGUCUCGGGCUACAGCCCCCACAGCAGGCCCCAUCGCAGGCUCGGCUGCAGCAGCAGGGCCAGCCAGCUGCCCGGGGUCCAGCCCCUGCUACCAGCCAGCCAGCAGGGAAGCCUCAGACAGGCCCCUCGACAGCCACAGGCCCCCAGCCAUCAGGACCACCACAGGCAGAACAGGCGAACGGCUCUAAAGGGACCCCCAAAGCACCCCAGCAGGGGAGACCUCCUCAGGCCCAGCCACCACCAGGACCUGGACCUGCAGGUAUGAAGGCCGGAGCCAGGCCUGGAGGCACCCCAGGGGCUCCUGCCGGCCAGCCGGGUGCCGAUGGGGAGAGCGUGCUCUCCAAGAUCCUCCCUGGUGGGGCAGCAGAGCAAGCCGGCAAGCUGACGGAAGCUGUGUCUGCUUUUGGCAAAAAAUUCUCCUCCUUCUGGUGACCAUGCCCUGCGGGGCUCUUGAAGAAAUGAAGGGAGAUGAUAUCAUUGCUGUGGAAAAAUCUCUGGAGUCAGAGGCCUGGGCACAGCUCUGGACUCUGCGUAUAACACAUCUACAAUCUGGCAAACCCUUGGCCCAAAGACUCACACCAGGUGGGACGUGGCAGGCAGGCCUCAGUUGAGGACGGGAUGUUUUCUAACAGCAGCUGCCGGGUGAAGCAUCUGCUGGUCAAGUGGGACCACUGGCCCAGGGGGACCUGUGAUUGUCUUUCCAGAGACCCUGCUCUCCUCAGGGCACAAGCUUCAAGGCGUAGCCAUCGUUGGGAGGGAGGAACCCUCUCUGGAGACCCUGCCACGCGGCAGUCUUACUGCUCUGCCCACAGCCGCCUUCUGUGGCCUGGCCAGCCAGACUGCCAAUGCGUUAUACACAGAGUUUGGGCGCAUGCUGCCUGUUUUUGACGGAUGCUGCCCUCCAUCCACAAUGCCAGAAGUUUUUCCACAGCCUUGGAGAGGGGCUUUGACUGAGGGCUGGGGGCCCCGGGCUCCGUUUCCUUCACAUUCCAGCUGGCCCGGAUCCCUCCGUGGCCACAGGGCCCUGCCCCCCUCACCCUGCCCCCUGGGUGACACUGGAGCAGACUUCCAUGUGGCUAGCGUGGGAUUGGGAGAACUUUAUGAACAUUAGGACCUAACACUGUCUCAUCGCCGAAAUAAGAGGCCAUAGCACCGAAAAGCAGCGUGGGCACCGGCUGAGGCUUCUCCCAGCCCAUGGGUGGCCGCGUGCUAGUACGCCCGCCACCAUCUUCAAAGCCAUCCCCCCAGUCAUCGUGAGCAUCCCAGCGGCACCGCCAUUGUCUCGACCAGCCGGCUCCUCGUUCAUACACCUGGGGAUUUCUUUUGAUUUCAAGAACAGCCUUAAUCAUUUCAGUUUGAUUUAAGUGUAUACCUCAUAAACAUUGUUCUUUUCUUUCUCCCCCCGCCCUGCCCUUCUCUCUUCCCUCUCUCGGCUCACCUCCUUGCCUCUCCCCUCCACCACCACCUUGUGACUGAUGGUUUGGUUUCCUCUCUGCUCUGCCCCUGCUCAGCACAGGGAGAAUGUUGACUUAGAAGCAAUAGUGGGCAUCAGGCCACCAAGAGCACAACCCCAGGGCGGGGUCUAGGGAGGCCCCUCAGCCCGCCUCUGUUUACCUUGCAACUCCAGUCCUUCUUAAGCCAUCACCAGUGGACGUGCUCAGAGCGGAGGGGCCAGGGCUUCUGCCAACCGACGGAAGGGCCCAGAGCCCUGCGUUGGGGAGUGUGGCGCCGUCCAUCUACCUGGUGGACUGGGUAGUGUUCCUCCCUUCCCUUGGGGGCCUCCCUUCAUCUUGGGCACAGCCGCAAGUCUCAUCUCUAACGUUCUAUGCAAUGAAAUAUAAACCCUCAAAGACAACUGUUAAUAUUUAUUAAAUUCCGUGUUAUGUAUAAGGAGUUAAUUGCAAACAUGCAAUUGAGAAACUGGAUAGAUAUGCUCAUAUCAAACCCCUCUCUCCCUUCCCCCUCCCCCGCUCCCACCGUGUGUGUGAACUUCUCAGUCUGUGGCAUGUUCGACCUGUGGCAGGACUCGCUGCUGCCAGGCGAGUCACCGCCUGUCCCGCAGCGGAGCAUGCACAGCUCGCGGCCUCUUUGCACGAUUUCAUCCAGUUUAAAUGCUCAACCCUCUUGCUUGGAGUUCUUUUUUGUCUCAGAACAUCUCCUUCAGGAGUGCUGCUAGCUGACUUCUGCACGAGCUAGUGAGGACCCACCAGAAUUGCUGCCCGAGCAUGCCAGGCUGUGGGCCCGGCAGUACAAGGCCCCACACCCCCGCGGGCUUCUCUGACCACGAUGUCCCUGAGGAGACAUGUGGUGGGAGCCUGCGGCGCGUGAACGCUCAGAAGGUUUGCUGUAGGAUUUCCAUCUCUCCCCCUUACCCCAGCCCGGAGCCAGAGACAUCUGGGCGCCUCUUCCCAGCGGGACACUGCUCAAGGGCAGAGCUGGGCUGCGUCUGUAGGCAGGGGGACAGAGGCCAAGGGAGGGGCCUGGCUGUGUCCUAGAACCCCAGCUCCUCACUGCACCUGCUCCAUGCCUCUCCUCUGUGGCUGGGAGGCUCAGAGGUCUGUGAGCCAGGAGAUCUAGGCUGGAGCCAGGGGCCCAGAGAGUGCCCAGGAAGAACUGGACCUUUGGCAUUUGUGGUGAGCACAGCAGACAGUGUCAUCUUGGAUCAGAGUGGGUGUUCACAUAGACAGUGGCUUCAAGCUGAGUUUCUUGGGAAGCUUCUCAAUAAUAAAACUUACAGAAGGUUCUGUUGUGACACUCUCUGCGUUUGUCUCCAGGACCUAAACUCCCUGCCAGCCCCUAUCUCUGAAGCCUGAGUAUUCCACUGCUCAUCAGCUUCUCUAUGACUGAGCCAAGAGUGUGGCAGGUGGCAGCUGCCCGACCCCUCCAGGCCUGGCUCCUCCAGAGUGCUCUGGUUUGCACCAUGCAUUUCUCAGGGGUCUACAUUUAUCAUUCUUUCCUAUAAGGUCUACAAACCCCUUCAGAGAGGAAGGGAUGGGACCAGGAGCAGGGAAUAGGCAGGGAGAUGACAGCAGGUCAGCCUCCAUCAAGGCUAGUUUCAGGCUCUCAAAUGUAGGCUUUUCAGCAAUCUCCUUUCUGGCCAGCCUCUCUGAGUCUGAAAUUUCUGCCACUCCCCACCCCUCAAUGUAUCCACGGGACACAUCUGUAGCCAUCACCCCUUGUGAAGGUGGCUGGAGCAGGCCUCUGGGCCACAGGUGUCCUGGCCCUUGUGUACAUACAGCUGUGCCUCUGGGGGCCAGAAGCUGAGGGACCAGCAUUCAAUGCCCUGGGCAGUGGGGAGCACCAAGGACAUCUCCACAUGGGCAAGGGGGUCUCGGGAUGCAGUCCAGGCCUUCUCUACACUCUCCCCCCACCCAGUGUCAUGAGCAAGGGCAUUGCUUCCUCUGUCUACUUCAGGGCCCAAUGCAUUCACAGUGACACCCCCUUCCCCACCAUCUACUUAGUCCUUGGGAAGAGAGUGUGGUCUCAGGGCCCAUGAUGAGAGGGCAGCAGUGGCAGCAACUAUGGCCUGUCUUCUGGAGCCUGUGGGGGGUUCUCCAGGCAGAUCCUUUGCCAUGGCAACAAGGUCCUGGCCUGUUGGCCCCUCCCUUGCCCUCAUGCCCCCUCCCCCCGUUCUGUAAAUACUUGUCAUUGUGGACUCCGACAAGGUCAGAGGGACAGGCCUGAUCAACUGAAACUCCUCAGAGUUAUCAUCUCUGUCUCCCUGGGUACCAGCAGCCCUGCUGCCAUGUGCACUGGGGUGGCACUGGAGAGCCAUGGAAGUCGUGAGAUAUUGUGUGUGUAUGCAUGUGAACAAGUGUGUGAGAGUGUGUGUGUGUGUGUCUGCCUCAUUCGGCCUCUGGGAUCCAAUCAGCUCCGUCUCUCUAAGUGCAGUGCCCUGGAGAGUGGUGGCCGCCCAGCGCCUUUCCUCUGCUAGCUUCCAUGUCUUGUUUUUGCUUCCUCCUCACUCCUUCCCUGCCUCCCUUCUUUCCUCUCUCCCUUUCUUUCCUUCUCUCCUUCUUUAUUUGAGGGGGGAAGAGUGCUGUACAAAGUCAAACAAACAAGUUUACAGCUGUAAGUGCAAUGACCCGAGUCCUCCACAUGACCUUGUGAAUCGUGUGCCGUCCUCCUGUGCUGUGAGAACUCGUGGUACUUCAGUGUCCCUCCCCCUGUAUUGUGACAAGGUAAUUCUGUGGUAUCAGAAUAAAAGGACUUGAUAUAAACAACCUA